CGUCACUUAACCUGGCCUCGUCCAGGACUCUAGACUCACGAUACGUACGUGAGUGUUUGGUGGAGGAACCCCUUCUUAAUGAACCCCAUCAUUCCGGAGGCCCCUCGGUUACCCCCCACUCUGCCUCUACCUCUACGGACCUACCGGUCGUAGACCCCUCCGGUUCUGCCCUAUUUGACCCCACCACAAUGCGCCAUCCCAGAGCCACGGAAUGGGCUCCUCCUGAGCACAUUGCGCUAUAUAUUCACAAAUGGCUGCGCAAACCGUUAUCUAAGGAGGUGCGCAAUAAGCUACGGGCUGAAUGUCCCCGUCCCUGCAUUCCCGACAAGGUGGCGCUCACUCCUGAGCUUGACCCUAAUGUGGUCGCCCUUUUGUCCGCCUCGCGCUACCCUAGAAAGGGCUUGGAACAGGGUCUUAAAUCCGCCCAGGAUAAGAUCCUGGAUCUUGUUGGCCCCAUUACCCAAAUUUUGUCUUUAGCAGACAAGGCUUAUCUCCAGGCCUCUCCCCUUGAUCCCAAGCUUGUCCGGGAAUGGGCUCUCCGGACUGUUUGCCUUCUGGGAAACGCCAACGUCGCCGUUGCCACAGAACGGCGUAAGGCGGUCCUGCUCCGUAUGGAUCCUCGGCUGGCAGAACUGGGCUCCAAAGAUUUGGGGGCAGCCGCCAACGGAAUGCUCUUUGGCGACGCCUUUGUCAAAGAGCUCAAUCGUCAUGUUUCCCUCCUGUCUUCGUGGAAUAAAGCGAAGCUCUCCAUGAGGAAGGUUUUCCAGCCAGCCCCUCGUUUUUCCUCCAGGGCUGGACGACCGCGGGGCCGGGUCGCCAGCCGUUACUCUUUCCAAGGCUCCAGAUACCCCCAGCAGCCUCAACCGUCCUACCGUGGGGCUUUCCAGCAGCGACCCUUUCCACAACGUGGAGGCAGCAGAGGCAGAGCUUCUACCGGCUUCCCCAGAGGACGCUCAGGGUUCGCUUGAUGCCCUGUCCGGGUGGUACCCCUCCGGGUUGAGAUCCUUCGUUACCUGCUGUUGAGGUUCUUUCCCAUGCGGACUCCCCUGUUCCUGUUUGGAGCCUGCCAUGGAUCCGGUCUUCUUGUUGUCGGAGGUCGUCGGCUGUUCUUCGCCUUCUUCCGACUUCUGGUUGGAGUUCCAGUUUGUGUCCGGUGUUCGUCGCCGGUGUUUGGAUGUUCUUCGUAGGUUCCGGUUCGCAGCGGUCGCAAGAGGAAGUGGAAGGACUGGCUAGGGUGUAUAUACCUUGUGGUGUAUGCCUAUUGGUUGUUUUUUCCUUAUCAAUGUUUCUUUCUUUGCUGCUAUUGGUGAGAAGUAAAGGAAGAUAUGCAAAA